AUGGCAGAUCAGCUGGGCUCUCUCGUCUCCCAAAAGUCGUCUGAUUCCGGACUCCAUAUUCAACUCCACCCGCUGGUUCUCCUCACUAUCUCCGAUCACAUCACCCGCCAUGCGGCACGAUCUCAGCAAGGUCCAAUAAUCGGAGCUCUCCUGGGUGAACAGAACGGCCGUGCGAUAACUCUUGAACAUGCAUUUGAAUGUCUUGUUGAGCAAGGCUCGAAUGGUGAAGCACAUAUACCGCAGAAUUGGUUUUUAGAGCGAGUGCAACAAUUCAAGGAUGUACACAAAGUACCUGCCCUCGAUCUUGUUGGAUGGUGGUCAACUGCCCCGCCAUCCGGUCCAAACGCCUCUCAUCUUCCGGUCCAGCGUCAAAUCCUCCAGAACCACAAUGAAUCCGCAGUAUUUCUCGCGUUUCACCCAUCACAACUCCAGAAAGAAUCACCCAAUGGAGCCAAGCUUCCUUUGACCGUUUAUGAGAGCGUUUAUGAAGGGGAAAAUGCCGGUGAAGGCGACAAGACCAUGCAGGUGGAUGGCGAAGAACAGUCACUGAACAUCCGGUUUCGGGAGCUGCCAUUCUCCGUUGAGACUGGUGAGGCAGAGAUGAUUGGAAUGGACACGAUUGCUAGAACUGGGAGAAACGCCGCUGCCAUCGAGACACCGAGUGGGGGCGCACCGCAGCAAACAUCGAAGAAUAAGAAAGACCGCGGUAGCAAAGAAGAAUCGUCCGCAGACUCAGACUUGCUUGCUCCUGAAGAAGAAGAACUGAUCGCCAACCUGAACACGCGAUUGAACGCAAUCCGAACCCUUGAAUCCCGGAUUUCCUUAAUCAAGUCAUAUCUCUCUAGUAUAUCCUCAUCAUCCAAAGAUGAGGCUGGCCAGGGCGACUCUACAGAGCCUGCUACGCCAGCCCUAUCCCACCCGACUCUCCGCAAUAUUAAUUCCCUUAUUACCCAUCUCUCCCUCCUCAACCCCGAAGAACAAAGUGACUUUUCGGCCGAAAUGCUGGCGCAACACAAUGAUGUGUUGCUAGUCUCUCUGCUUGGGCAACUAGGUCAAAGCAUCAAGGGUAUGCGCGAAUUGGGAAAAAAGUCCGCUAUUGUACAGAACGUGAGACAGAGCGCGGCAUCACGCGGCAAGCAGCUCGCGAUGCAGAGUCGAUUCGAUAGCGAGUACUUCACAGGCCGUGAUGCAGCGGCUAAUGGGGGGAUGUACACUUGA